CCGUUCCUUUUCCAUUUGUCGAGGCGGCAAGCAAGCGUCGAAGCAUCUUAUACCGUUCGUCCUCGUAGGCAUUCCAACCGGGAAUUCUCGAAAGCCAGUUGUGCCGUAGAAACACGCGUCGCGGCCUGCCGCUCGCCGCUACUUUCCAAGUGCUCGUAAAAUCGACGUUUCCCCUCGCUUUCUGCCCGUUUUUCCGUGCCCACCGAAUUCUCUUACCGAGGGACCGAUUCGUCCAAUAUUUCCAACUGCUGCUUCACCGAAACUCUUGCGAAUCAUCGAUUCUCUGUAUUGAAUAUUACCCGGGCGGGAUGGAUGCUGAAACCGGGGCCAUUUUGGCCCUACAAAUAUUGGCCCUCUGCUCGAUAGUCGCAGCCCUGUUGGCUUACCUAAUGCGCCAAUCGAGGAACGCCAACGACGAAUACGAGACACGUACCAAGCGUCAUGUAUUGGUGACCAGCUGCGAUACCUCGCUGGGCCUACAGAUCGCCCUUGCGCUCUACGAGGCUGGUUACAAGGUAUUCGUCGGUCUGCUGGAUCCUUCCGGGAACUCGCCGUCGAUGAAAAUUUUGAGGGCGAUAGAGCAGCAGAAAGAAAGGGAGGAGGAUCCGGUGGAGAGGAAGCCGCAGGAUCCGGAAGUACGUGCUCGCGGCCAAAUCGUGCCAUUGGAGCUGGACUCAACUAGGGAGGAUAGUUUACGCGCUUGUUUGGAUGCAGUUCGGGCGAAACUUCCGGCCGGCGAAGAUGGUCUCUGGGCAAUCGUGUACACUGGCGGGCUGGCGUUACCCGGUGCCAUAGAGAGACAAUCGAGUUCGGCGUGGGAAUCCAUGUUGCGACAUAACUUGGUGGCGCCACUUAGGACCGUCAGAAUGUUCAUUCCCCUUUUACGCGUGAAAAGAGGUCGCAUAAUCUUUUUGGGCGAUUCCACGACGAGUUACGGGAGCAAAAGUGGAACGGGAUUGGUGGCGUACAGCGCGUCGAGGAAAGCCGUGGAGGGAGCUGCGGAGGCAUUAAAAAGUGAACUACAAUCCUCCGGGGUCGAUGUCGUUCUUCUUAGACCUCCACCAGUGAAUCCUCUCGUUCUUUAUAAUUCGCCCGUUCUCAAGACGUCUGACGUGGAGUCUGGAAUAGUAUCCUCGGAAGGGACAUGGACCGCGCCUGUAUCCACCAAUGCCAUUCAAAAUUCGUUAAUCCCGGCUCUCACCUCCCCCUGCCCUCACGUUUCUUACGACAUGGUUGCCAAAUCGAGAUUUUUCUGCAGAUAAAAAUCAGAUUCGAGGGAAAGCUAAUAUUACUAAAUUAAUUCAAAUUCGGAAUAAUCCUUUGUGAGAUCCAAUGAUUGUUAAUUUUAUAACAUACCGUAUCUAAAAUGCGUUUAAAUCUUUCCAUGUAAUCAAUCUUAAUUGAGACGCAUCAACACACUUGAGAGAGGCUUAAAUUCCAAUGAAUGAUGUAACGUGUACAGUUUUUUUGUAAUUAAUACAGCGUUAACCAAAAAAA